AUGGGCGUGCACAGAAGCACGUUUGGCCUACAGACCUCACGGCUGUUUUCCAUCCUCCUCUUCGUCGCCGUAUUACCCGUGGCGCUCCAUGCGGACAGAACGUUACGCAAGCCGCAUAGAGCUGAACUCAAGCAUACGCUUACUCCGGAUGUAUAUGAAAUUACCAAUGGAAACCGAGAGGCCACUACUAGCGAGGCACUCGCCAGCGGACUCGGAUUCGUGGAAAUCUUUAAGAAACUAUUUGGAGGGAAGCAGGAGGAGCAGGAAGAAGCACCGACCACUUCAGAGCAGCAUAGGAGUGCUUGGAAGGAAGAAGAAAGACACGCCGAGUUUGCUUUCUGCUCAGACGUUGGAUUCAGAGGACUUCACCCAGAAGAAGGAGGCGAGGAAGCGGCAUGCUGGAGUCGAUGUGGUCGUGUUUGUGAAGGGGCGAUGUUUCUUGCUGAGGACGCACUGCCGGAGUGGCGACUUGUUCCCGUCGCAACAAGAACAAAGCCGUGCAAAACCCUUGCUAAAAAAUCUGCAGUUCAGGUCCUGUGCAAGGCGAUUAAAAAGCCGACGCAUUAUGACAUCAGCAGUGCGGUGAAGCAGGAAACUACAUUCGAUGCAGAAGCACAGCAGCAAGAACAAAUGCAGCAGCUGCAAAGGCAGCAAAUGCUGUUUCAGCAGCAGCCUACUCUGACGCCUGGUUUGGCAGCACCUGCCGCCGGUCGCCUAGCAGAAGAGGCGUAUGUAGUACCUGAGACCUUUGCAGCUGCGGCAUACGGCCGGCAAAGGAGCGGGAUGCCUCAUUGGGCACUUUCCCUUAUCUUUAUUGGUGUAGCGUUGAUAUGUGCCCUUGUCUUCUGCUGUUGCAUGUGUUUUUGUCGACGCAAGUAG